AUGGAUUUCGGCCUCACACGGCUCGUGGCUGCAUGCGGGGCGCUGCCCGUCUCCGAGGGUGCGGGCACAAGGGCGCGAAGGUUACUGGGCCUUGGCCUCGCGCGGCGCAUCGCCACGAGGUGUUUGGGUGGCACAGGAUCUGGGCGUGCUUCCGAGAGGCGAUCCAGGCGAUUGGCGCAGAGAGGGUGCCAGCCUCUGCCCAGGCUCGGGCCAGACGACAUCGGCGGAGGCCGAGUCCACACGCAGACAGUUCGCCUUCAGGAGGGCUCCUCGCCGCCACGGGUGGACGCAGCAGACAACGCUGGCGCGCCUCGACAGUGA